AUGAGCGGAGGCACGGCCCAUCUCCUGAUGGCUCUCUUUGUGGCGGCAGCAACGGGCUACUCAUCACGGCGGUCUGCCACAGACCUGGAUGCCACCCCCAGGACAACGGUCACCUUUGACGAGCUGUCAGGUGUCCGGCGCUUCAGCGCGCGCACCCGCAACUACAGCACCCUGCUGCUGGAGGACAACCGGGGCAUCCUCUACGUGGGCGCCAGGGGAGCCAUCUUCGCCCUCAACUCCAGUGACGUGGCCGACGGCUCCCACCGCACGAUCCACUGGGAAGCCUCCACAGAGAAGCAGAUGGACUGCCUGCAGAAGGGCAAAAACAACAAGACCGAGUGUUUCAACCACGUGCGGUUUCUGCAGAGGCUGAACAGCACCCACCUCUAUGCCUGCGGGACCUACGCCUUCCACCCGCUCUGCGCUGCCAUUGAUGCAGACAGGUUCACAUUGCCAUCCCACUUUGAGGAAGGGAAGGAGAAGUGCCCAUAUGACCCUGCCCGUGGCUACACUGGCCUCAUUGUGGAGGGCGGCUUGUACACAGCCACACGCUACGAGUUUCGGAGCCUCCCUGACAUCCGGAGGAACCUGCACCAGCGUCCACUGAAGACAGAGGAGUCUCCGCUGCACUGGCUGAAUGAUGCCGAGUUCGUGGCCUCCAUGCUGGUCCAGGAGAGCAAGGACAGCCCCGUGGGCGACGAUGACAAGAUCUACUACUUCUUUAUGGAGCGGGCGGGUGAGGAGACCGCAUCCUUCUUCGACAAGAGCCAGGUGGCCCGAGUGGCCCGACUCCCUGCACCCUCCCAGAGCGAUGUAGGGGGAAAGAAGAUCCUGCAACGCAAGUGGACGUCCUUCAUGAAGGCGCGCCUGGUCUGCUACAUCCCCUACUAUGAGGUGCUGCGCAGUGUCUGCAGCCUGGACGGAGGCCACGGGGACAUCUAUGCCGCCUUCACGCUGUCAGCGCAGUGGAGGACCAUGGAAGCCUCAGCCGUGUGCCGCUACAGCAUCUCGGCGGUGCAGCGCGCCUUUGAAGGCCCCUACAUGGAGUACCAGGACUCGGCUCGCAAGUGGUCCCGCUAUGACGGCAUGGUGCCCGAGCCCCGGCCCGGCUCUUGCAUCACGGACCACUCCCGCAGGAAGGGCUACAACUCCUCGCAGGACCUGCCCAACAGCGUCCUGGACUUUGUCAAGCUGCACCCGCUCAUG